AUGGAGAUGGAAGCGCCUCGAGUGGCCGCGUCUCAGGAACCAGCGCCAGCCACAAACACCCAGCCAGCUGAGACUGAGGUUGCCGGUGCCCGUGAGAUGCUCGCUGUGCCCGAGGACGCGGUGCAGGUCCUCUGCGGUCCGCUGCUCAACUACAAGCAUAUGGGACCCGAUGCCAGCUCGCGCCAGGUAUGGAAUGGCAGCGUCCUGAUAGUCACUCGACCGCGUGAACAGCCGCCGUUGCUGCAGCUGCAGUGUCUGGGAGCUGUAUCGAACGUCAACGGCCCUACCGCCGGCGCCGGCAAUGUCGAACCCACCAUCGAGGGCGUCAAGCUCUUCUCCAGCCCUAUCGCGGCCUUCUGGCGCUUCCGCAUCGCCGUCGCCAUGGAGGACUAUGAGGCGCGCUGGCAGUACACUAUCCCGGGCUUCCGGCAUGUGGACCGGGAGCAUACCAUGUCCUCCUGGAACUUCGUAGUGCCCGCUGUCAAUGACUCGAUGCGCAUCAUGUUCCACUCCUGCAAUGGCUUCUCCGUGGGCACUGACCUGGGCCACUGGCAGGGCCCCUUGCUCUGGCAUGACGUCCUUAGGCUGCAUGCUCAGCGGCCAUUUCACGUCAUGAUCGGAGGCGGUGACCAGAUAUACAAUGAUUCUGUCCGGACUGAGGGCCCUCUGAAGGAGUGGACCAACAUCACCAACCCACACCGCAGACGGGCACACCCGUUCCCUAACACCCUUAGAGCAGAGUGUGAUGUCUUCUACUUUAACAACUACGUACGUUGGUACGGGACUGAACCGUUUGCUACCGCCAAUGCGCAGAUCCCCCAGAUCAACAUCUGGGACGACCAUGAUAUCAUUGAUGGCUUUGGGUCGUAUACCGACCAUUUCAUGAGAUGUGCUGUCUUCCGUGGCCUUGGAGGCGUUGCCUUCAAGUACUACUGUCUGUUCCAGCACCACAAUGCUCCUCCCAUGUCGACUUUCACGACUGAUGCACCCCAAACCAUGCAUGCCAGUGAAGACGGGACUUCGGGCAUUGACCAGCGCCAGCUGGAAGGCUGCUAUGUCUAUAAGGAGCCCGAGGAUGAGCCCAGCUGGAUAGUAGGAACUAAACCAGGUCCCUACGUCGAGGAGAUCAGCAGAAACCUCUACAUGCGUCUUGGAAAGCGUAUUGCCUUUGCCGGAAUCGAUGCUCGCACUGAGCGUACCAGACAUCAGGUCAAUUACCCAGAGACUUACGAUGCCAUCUUCGCCCGUCUAGAAAAGGAGUUUACUGCCGCUAAUGGAGAAAUCAAGCAUUUGAUCCUCCUGCUUGGUGUCCCCAUUGCGUAUCCUCGCCUUGCUUGGCUUGAAAACAUCCUCUCUUCUCCCCUGAUAUCCCCCAUCCGCCUUCUGAACAAGCGGUUUGGCAUUGGAGGAAGCUUCUUCAACAAGUUUGACGGCCAGGUUGAUCUACUCGACGACCUUGACGACCACUACACUGCUCGGCAGCACAAGGCAGAGAGAAGACAGUUGAUUCAACGUCUCCAGCAACUUGCUGCUCGUUAUUCAGUCCGAGUCACCAUCCUCGGCGGCGACGUCCACCUGGCAGCCGUGGGCCGCUUCUACUCCCGAGUCAAGGACCAUGUUCCCAUCGACAGCGACCCCAACUACAUGAUCAAUGUCAUCAGCAGUGCCAUCACUAAUAAGCCUCCUCCCAAGGCCGUGGCCAACCUACUCGCCAGCAGGAACAAGAUCCACCAUCUCGAUAGCCAGACAGACGAAACCCUGAUGAAGAUCUUCAACGAUCAGCCCGGAGGCAAAGAAAAGUCUUCUAGCUCCAACAAAGUGACCAUGCCUUCCCGUAACUACGCUUGUAUCACCGAAAUCACCACGUCUAAUGAGCAACCUGGGCUCUCAAAGGCUCCCAGGGAUGGACAUGAUGCUCUCCACCCGGGAGAGCAAGAUGCUGGCACAAAAUACCGCUCUGCAGAUGGAGUGAGCAACGUCACAGGCAAACUGGGUGGCUUGGACAUUGCAAUCCGUGUUGAAAUUGACCCUGCUGAUAUCGAGGGUAAGACUGAGGGAUACGGCUUUAGUGUGCCGCCCCUGGUGCAGGCUGCUCCUUCGGCGUAA